AAAAACUAGUAACAAUGGGUAAGGGUCAACCUAGAGGUUUGAACGCAGCUCGUAAGCUCCGUAUUCACCGUCGUGAUCAACGUUGGGCUGAUAAGCAAUACAAGAAGAGAGCUCUCGGUACUGCUUACCGUUCCUCUCCCUUCGGUGGUUCUUCUCACGCUAAGGGUAUUGUUCUCGAAAAGAUUGGUGUUGAAGCCAAGCAACCUAACUCUGCCAUUCGUAAGUGUGUCCGUGUCCAACUUAUUAAGAACGGUAAGAAGGUCACUGCUUUCGUCCCCAAUGAUGGUUGUUUGAACUACGUUGAUGAAAACGACGAAGUUUUGAUUGCCGGUUUCGGUCGUAAAGGUCGCGCCAUUGGUGAUAUUCCUGGUGUCCGUUUCAAGGUCGUCAAGGUUGCUGGUGUCUCUCUCCUUGCUUUGUACAAGGAAAAGAAGGAAAAGCCCAGAUCAUAAAUUAUCCGUCUCUUCUUCCACUGGAUUGCAAACCAAAAACCUUUACCUUUUUUUUCCCUUUGUGUGUUUCUAUUGUGGUGCAUUCUCAAUGUUUAAACGGCAUUGAAAAACACAAUGUUUUGUUCUCUCUUUUUUUAAGAAACAAAAAUUUGGAAUAAAGAAAAUUAAAUGAACGAU